AUGGUGGGUGAAUCCAUAGUAACAACCGUCAACGGCGUGGAGUUUUCUUUUGAUGAAAUCGUAUAUGCGGAGUUCUUUGAACUUCCGACGGAGGGGCACACUUUCGACUUGAUUCUUUCAUCAGAAGUCAUGGAAGAGAUGAAGAAAACCUUUUCUACUGAUGGUUCGAUGAUACAUGUUAAUGGAAAUAAGAAGGUACUCAAACCCCACUUCAUUUUGCUGAACGACGUGGUAGCAAAAGCACUACAAGGGAAAUCUGGCUCCUUCCAUCUUUAUAGUCAAGACCGUUUUGACUAUAUGUGCGCUAUUUCAAAGGGAAUUCAGGCAAAUAAGGAAAGCAUAACCUAUGCGGCUCAACUAAGUCGUUUAAUGGAGCAUUUGGAGGUUCCUGUUGGUGAACCUGAGAAGAUCAAUUCUCCGAGAGUAAUCUCUGCUCUUACAGUCGCUAGUACACUGAUAAGGAUGAAGAACAACCUGGAAUGUGCCUCUGGUGCAUCCAGUUAUCAAACUGGUGGUAAGCCCUCUACCCGAUCCAAACAACCGUCCGCUUCUAUUAUGUCAAUAGGGGCAAAAAGAUCGAAAAUAGUGAAUGAAUCGGAGGCCAUUUCCUCUAGUCUGAAAAGUUCAACCAAGAAGGACUCUGAAUCAGAAAAGAAGACGAAGGCGCCCCGCGCGUCUAAAUCAUUGAAGGUAACCUCUUCUAAAUCGUUGGCCGUUGUGCCUGAGUUUGAUGUUCCUAUAGUGGAACAAGAUGAAUCCAUUUUUUCUCCCUUAAUAGAAUCUGCUAAAGGGCCCGCUGUUGAGUCAGCUGGUCCAAAUGAUAAAAAUACUGACAGAAUUGAGUCUCAUGUUGUUCAAACAAAUCAAGUAGUCGCUGGUGCUACAGAGUUAUCUCAACUAGAACAAGGUGCAGUUCUUACCCUUGUUGUUGGUAAAUCUACUGAACAAGAAUCUUCUGUUCCCGCUCCUAAAGAUUCUAUGGUAGUCGAGAAGGUUAUUCGUGUAGAGCUCUCUGCUGAGCUGUGUAAGAAACCCCAAUCGGCGUUCGAGUUCAUGCAUUCUGCAAGAAUGUCGAGUGGAAUUGUGAUUAGUGAACCCAGACCUGCUGCAAAACCCGUAGAGGUUGUUGGAAAAGGUAAGAAGAUUGCAACUCCAGUUCUUGAAGAAGUAUCGGAGGCAACAAGCAUUGUUGACCUCAUUUUGGAUCAAGUUAAAGUCAUUGCGGCUGAAAAGUUGGAGAUUUUUGAAUCAUGGUCCCUAGAGAGAUUGUUGUCCAAGUACAAUGAAACCCUGUCAAAUUCUGCAAUAACCCGAGAGUGGAAGAAGCGGGUAGCCAAUGAGAAGAAAGUUCUCAAGUGGGCUAAAACUUCAGAGGUAGCUGAGGCUCUGAAGAGAAAGGAUCUCGUUGAAGCCAGAAAGGCUAAUUUCAAUCUCGUUGAGAAAGGAUCUGAGGUGGAAGUGAGAGUAUUGAAGAGGCUGAAUGACAUCAUGGAUAGCUACGUCUCGGUGGCUACCCGAUACGUUCAUGGCGCUAAUUGCUCUGGCGCAAAACCUUUCGAUGAUGAUGAAGCUAUGGAUAUUCUUGAUGCUGAUAAUGAUGCCAAUGAGCUAUAUGCUGCUCUUUUGAUCGAAUUCGGGAAUCUUUCUACUGAAGAAACAGAGGAAGCCCAAGAGAAAGUGGCUGUGGUAACUCAACCAGAGAUUAUCAGAUCUGAGGGGGAACCCUCCAAAGAUAAGAAUGCUGAAGAAGGAAGUUCCUCAUCCGAGGACAAACAGGAUCAAUACGCAAGACAUAGAGCUGAAGAAGAACUGCUAGAAGAGGAGCAUAAUGAAACUGCUAAGGUAGCUGAGAAGGAACAACUGGAGAAAUCAAUGCAGAUUCAUACAAACUUUAAGCCUAUUCAGAGUAUGGAAGCAGAGUCUCAAGAGAAUUCAUCAAAUAAAGAAUCCUCUACUGAAGGUAAUAAUAUGCUAAAAUCUAUGAAGUUUGUGCUCUCAUCUCUUCAGAAGAGCAUGGAGAACGCAAAAUCUAAUGCUCAAAGAGAUAAACCUCGAAUCACCCAAGGCGAGUCAAGUAGAAGAAGUGACGGUGUGUCAACCGGCACUAGAUCCAGACGAGCCCCAAGAAAUGAUGAUAAUCAUAGGCCAACCAAGAGAGGUGGAGGUUUAAGCGGCGGUGAUCGUGGAGGCAGAAGUAGUGGUGGUGGCCGUGGUAGGCUAUCUGGAUAUGAUCAAAGAGGUCGUGCAAGUGGCGGUGAUCGUGGUGGUAGAUCAAGUGGAAGCAAUCAUGGUGGUCGCAGUUUUCCUCCAUGCAGAGGAAACGAUCCUACUAGCAUCUGA